GACACUCACUGCCACAGUUUGGUUUUAUGUUUACGUGUCGUUAACGGCAGCGGCACAAUUAUUAACUCGCAGACUGCGUGGAGCUGCUGGCUGUUUGUGUUCAACCUCUUCGGCCGACUGUCAAAAAAAAAAAGAAGAAAGCUGGCAAGCGGGGGUUGAUCUCGCGGCGGUUACACAGUGCGGGAAAUUAACGUUAACUCAAACGCCCCCUGCUCAACGGAUUUUACAACGGCUGUUUUUGGCUGGCUUUUACCCACAGUCAUGUGAUUGUAACGUAAAACCCCUAACCGGAAAACACCGACGGACGACCCUCUCUCCGCUGCCAACGAAUGCAGCGUUUACAAGGAACAGUUGAAGCUGCUGCGAGCCCAGAGGACGGACGAGUCUCCGGUAACAAACAAACAACGGCGACACGGCAAACUCCGCCAAUUUAAGGAGCGCGCAGGUUGAAGAAUGGAGUUGGCCAACCAUGGUCUUAUCCUGCUGCAGCAGCUUAACGCUCAGAGAGAGUUUGGCUUCCUGUGCGAUUGCACCGUGGCUAUAGGAGAUGUCUUCUUCAAAGCCCACAAAGCUGUCCUCGCUGCCUUCUCCAACUACUUUAGAAUGCUCUUCAUUCACCAAGACAGUGACUGUGUGCGUCUUAAGGCUACGGACAUACAGCCAGAUAUCUUCAGCUACCUCCUCAACCUGAUGUACACAGGCAAACUUGCCCCACAGCUCAUAGACCCUGCACGACUGGAGCAGGGGGUCAGAUUCCUGCACGCCUAUCCACUCCUGCAGGAGGCAAGCCAGUCUGUGUAUUCCCACCCCGAGCAAAGCAUCAACCUCUCAACCUCUCUCUAUGGCAUCCAGAUCUCUGACCAACAGGUUGCGCUGUCGGCCAGACUGCCCAGUCGGCAGAAUCUCUCUUCACCCUUUGAUACCGAGCAGGGGAGCUCAGAAGGAAAGUAUCCAGCCACGCCGCCUACUAGUUCAUACACAAAUUCCUUACCACCAAAGCAAGCUUCCUCACCCCCAGAUAUGGAGGCUUCAACUAGUGGUGCAAAGCCUAUGGUUGAGGACGGGGUAAUGGAUAUCCUAAGUCCGGACGGUUCGUCAGCAGGUGCCAUCCUCCAUGUAAAGCCCAGCAUAAUGAAGCGGAGUUCCUCCUUUAGGAAGCAUUACUCCUGCCAUCUCUGCAGGAGUCGAUUUACCCAGAGAAGUCUCCUGCGAGAGCACCUCCUGCAGCACACACAGGCUCUUCAGCAGACCUCGACUGCGCCCAGCAAUUCACUCUCACCUGUCAUAACUAAAGAGCACGGCUUACCAGCUGAGGGAGUUCUAAAGGGAAACAAGGCUGGGUCAAGUGGCUCGGUUGCACCGACAGCGGUCGAGAUCAUUAGCGACAGUGAGCAAACCCCUGUUUCAGGUACCAAUUCAGACUCUCCUCGAGCAGAGGUGUCCACUUCCAGCUGGGGAGUGGGAGGGUUAAAUUCUCAGGCCGAUACGCCUCCUCCUUCAGAUAUCGCGGACAUCGACAACCUGGAGAACACAGACGUGGACCGGGAAGUGAAGCGACGGAAGUACGAGUGCUCCACUUGUGGCCGCAAGUUUAUUCAGAAGAGCCACUGGCGCGAACACAUGUACAUCCACACAGGAAAGCCUUUCAAAUGCAGCACUUGUGGCAAGAGCUUUUGCCGUGCAAACCAGGCAGCCCGGCACGUGUGCUUAAACCAGGGGGCCGACACAUACACCAUGGUGGACCGGCAGAGUAUGGAGCUGUGCGCUGCAGGUGACGACAGCAACCAGAUGGAGGCGAUGUUUAUGGGCUCAUCGAAGCCUUACAAGUGUAACAUUUGUGCAACUACGUUCUCUAGCCCCAAUGAGGUGAUCAGACAUCUGUGUUUCACCCAAGGGGGAUUAGUGGGGCUGCAGGGAAACUCAGGUGCGCUGCUCCCACGUGAAGAAUUUUCCAAAGAUGAAGGCUCAGAUUUGUCCAACUCUGUUACCCCACUAGAACCCAUGAAGACUGAGGAAAUCCUCGUAGAAUAGUGCCAAGGCUUGUGCUUCUGUCCUGUUUUUGAAAAAAAAAAAAACAAGUGUGUUAUCUAAAUUAUGUUCAAUAGGUAAGCUAAAGGUGAAGAUAGUCAGGUGACGUAUGUUUGAGGCUCUCUUAAACUUUAUUUUUUUAAAGGUGCAGUGUUUAGGCUCGAUAAAACAAUGUUUAAAGUAAAUACGCUUGCUCUGUUUGGAAGAAAAUCAAAUACGUGACAUUUGGCUUGAGGCUUGACUACCACUGUUUUGUGAUA